AUGUCAACCCUGUCUGCUGCCAGCGUGGAGCCUACCGCUGAGAUUGCAGAGCAGAAAAAGCCACUGAAGCCAUGCUGCGCUUGCCCGGAGACAAAGAAAGUCAGAGAUGCUUGGUAAGCCACUGUCCCUGAAGAAAAAGUUGCACCAAUGUUUUACCUGUAAAAAUAUUCAUGCAGAUCUUUGUGUUUUUGUAGCAUCAUUGAGAAGGGAGAAGAUCACUGCACAGAGCUGAUUGAGGCACACAAAGACUGCAUGAGGGCGCUGGGAUUCAAGAUUUAA